CGCUGCUAACGGAAAACCGACCACCGGAGGACCUGCGGAUCACAACAUAACGUUACUCCACAGAGAGGCUUUCCACAUCGCACAAUUUCUCGCUGAUUAAGAGGAGCAGUGAUACCAUGCGGGAGUCACAUGAACGACAAGAUGAGGCGUAAACAACCAGGAGAAAGCACAGAGUCUGCCUGCCACAGAGAGGGGGCCUGCUGCGUGUAAAGGCCCUGCACAGGCAGCCCCCUGUGUGCCCCCCUCUCCUCAACAUAUGCAAUGAACAGCACCACUGAGACCCCUGCCAUCAUAGAUGGAUACGUGUCUGUCAGCUACGUGUUGGUGCCAUUUCUCCUCAUCACUAUUAUUGGAAUAGUUGCAGCUGUGGUCAUGUAUAUUCGUAAGAAAAAGAGAAUCGACAGACUCCGUCAUCAGCUGUUGCCAGUUUAUACGUAUGAUCCAUCAGAAGAACUUAAUGAAGCGGAGCAGGAAAUGUUGUGGAGAGAAGAGGACACAAGGAUCGUACAAGGCUGGGCUAGAAGUUAUCAACAGCGCCGCCCUCUUCUGACCAAAGAUGUCAAUGCAUGAUGGAAGUAAACCGUGGCAAAGAACAUUUCCCGCGUGGACAUAACCCUCAGCCACAGAAAUCAGUCGUUUUUGAAGUCAUGCACAAGACGUUCUUUGUUUAUUUUUCUUUGCUACUGUUUGAUCCCUCCUGUUUCAUGUACAGACAAGAGUGACUGUUGAUUUCUGUAGUUCUGAAGCCAAUUCCGUGUGCCUAACAGACCUUCAAUCUAUUUAUUUAAAAUUAUUUAUUCAAACAUUUUUUUUACUGUGAUCUUCAGCAACUAAAAGUUAAAGAAGGUGGAAUCUUUCUAAAGAUAAAGGUUCCUGUAGGUUUACUCUGUUGUUUACAUGUAUUCACUGUUGUUGUGGGCGAUAUGUGGCAAGCUGUUCCUGUGGGUUGCAGUAGGCAUUCGCGCUGACUUUAAUUUAGGUGCAGUGUUCACAGUGUGGUAAGAGUACGAAUGUUCUGCCCUAGUUAAUAGAUUAUGUAAAGGUUGUUUGCAGUGCAUUAAAAACAAAUCUGGCUUUUUUGGUUAAAUGCUUUUAGUUUGUAAUCAAUGCAUUUGGUGACUUGAAACACUGCUUUUAAAUUUAAAGUUUCAUAUAUACAUAUAUAUAUAUAUAUAUAUAUAUAUAUAUAUAUAUAUAUAAGAGAUAGAUAUGAUAGAUUAGCUGUUAAAAAUGAGUUGAGUGAUUUUUAUUUCAGUUUCAAUUUGAGUCAAACAGUUGAACACACCCUUUUUGGUUCUAAUUUCCUCUCAGACUUUAACUAGCUGCCACACGAUCCGGAUCUUUUUGUGGUUUAGCUAAAUCCUAUGACUCUUAUCAAAGGCAUGAAAAGCCAGAUAUGGAAGUAAAUAACACCAACACCCUCUCAUCCCCAAAAUGAGCCGUGACUAGUGCCCUAAAUAUGUCCUGUCUACAAGGCAUGGCACCAGCACAGAUUUACCUCCAGCUGAAGAUGAAUGCCAUAGGUCUGACUGUAUCAAGCACUCAGGAAACUCGCUCUUUUUUCUUGAUGAAUUGUAAUCUUUCCUGGCCUUUCUUUGCCUUUGUGAAUGUAAACCAAAAACAAUAGAACUGUUAAACUGUUUUCGAAGGGGGAGCAUUUAUGAGUUGUGAACAUCCAAGUUUUGGACAGAUAAUGCCCUGACUCGAUCUGCAGGUUUUAUGCUUUUUCAAAGAUGUUUUCUGUUGCCAUAUCUGGACCUGAAAACCUGUUCGUCUGUGCUCCCCAGCCAUCGUUACAUCUGUUUGUUUACUAUGCAUCAUUGAAAAAUCAAUGAAGUAGGGUAGUCACAAUUUAUACUGUACAAAUAUCCAAUCAUGACAUAGAUUUGCACUGGUCAAACACGUGGUGAACUUUUCAUGGAAGGCUCUGAUCUCAGGUUGCGCAUGAAAAGUCAAAGAACUACUGAUGAACUGCUGACGUAAAUGUGAAUUUGUCAGCACUGUUAAACCUUCAGACUGUCAUACCAGUUUGCUACUUUGAGAGUGAUUUGAUUGAGGCUGUUGAUUAAAGACAUGGAUCAUAUAAAUAAAAUAAUGUAACUUUG